GACAGUUUGUAUAAUGAGCUAUGGACCAUCUUUUUCCUCUCUGUCUUGCCUUUUAAGCACUCUUAACUAUCUCCCCCUUUAAAUUUUCUCUCAACCCUUCAUCUCCAUCUCUCUCUCUCCUCUCUCAAAUCGUCUUGCUGGCUCAAUCAGCAGAUAGCAUGCCUGAAUGUCCACAGAAAGGGAGAGAUUUGAGGAGAUAGGCAAGAAGAUCAAGAGAGAAUUGGAUGGCGCCGGCGCGGGUCAUACCGGAACCCUAAACACCGUCACUCCGUGCGCCGCCUGCAAGCUCCUGAGGCGGCGCUGCGCUCAAGAAUGCCCCUUUUCUCCAUACUUCUCACCCCACCAACCCCACAGGUUUGCCUCCGUUCACAAAGUCUUCGGUGCUAGCAACGUCUCCAAGAUGCUCAUGGUGCCUGAGAGCCAGAGAGCAGAUGCAGCAAAUAGCCUUGUUUACGAGGCGAAUGUGAGGCUUCGAGAUCCAGUUUAUGGGUGCAUGGGAGCGAUCUCAGCUUUGCAGCAGCAGGUACAAGUCUUGCAAGCGGAGCUGAAUGCUGUGAGAACUGAGAUCUUCAAAUACAAAUACAAAGAAUCAAAUAUGCUUCCAUCUCAUCAUGUCUUGCUGUCAUCGGCGGCCGUUUCCGUUGCCGCGCCCGUGCCCCCGCCCCCGCCCCCGCCGCCUCCUCUCACAUCCGCAUCCUUGUACACCUCGGUUACAUCUAGUAGUGCUGCUGACUUUAGCACCAUCUCUACUGAAAAUAUGACAUACUUUGGUUGAAUUAUUUGGCCUUCACUUCCAUUUUAUGUUAUAUUACAUUACAUCAUCAAUGGCGAAGGAAGGCGAGCGAUACAUAGAUUAUUCAUUUUAAGUCUUGUCCAAGUUGCGAAGUUAUCUAUCAAUAAAUUUUGUAUCCAUAUGUCGUUACACUUGCUAUAUAUCUUUAUACACUCUCUCUUUUAUGAUUGCUUAGUUAUA